AUGGCUAAAUCACUUGGGACGUUGAACAAGAAAUACACUCAUUCGCAAAUCAGUUUGGUUGGCACGAGAGACUCAACUGAAUCUCUCGUUUAUGACAUUCUACAACGUAAUGUGCUGCACACAGGCACGAUAUUCGAGAUAUCGCAGUAUAUUUCCAUGAUGGAAUCUACUCACAAGGUUGCUGAAAACUCUUCGACAGCCCAUGACCGGUUCAAGUAG